AUGUCCAACGACCGCUCUUCUUCUCCCAUCUCGGUUCCCCCCUCAUCCGCCCGUCCCCGUCGGGCUUCCCUGGCCACCGGCACUGGCUUUGCCGACUACCUCUCCAAAUCUAGUGGCCCAAUGGGCAACACAGGCACCCCAGCGUCCAUGACCAACGCCGCGGCCAACGCUCAGGCUAAUCACGGUCGGAGACUCUCCAUCACUACCUUGGGCCUCUCCGGUUCACCAACACAGCCAUCUACAUUUGGACCGCGGCAUCUGCGACAGGGCAGUGUGUCCAGCUCGGCCGGUUCUCAGCCGUCCAAUAUCGAUGAGGCUCUCGUGGAGGAUAAUGAACACGGAGUUUCUCAAGCUACUCCGAGUUCCCCUUUCGCUCGACGGGUCUCUUUUGGCACCCAAGCGCUACGGGAUGUUCGUGGAGGAAGUAUAGGCAGCGGUACAUAUCCCUCCCCCGCAUCCUCCCUACCUGGUGCGCGUGGAAGUACUUCAUCGGCCAGCGGUACUCCCCGUCGGCCAUCUGGGGUAUUUCCUACAAGUACAGGUCAUGAUUUACCCCAGAACAAGCCUUCUAACGUGUCACGGCGACCAUUAGGUGAGGGCUUCAAUUGGUCGGAAGCCCUACGCUCCCGGGCGGAGCGUGCCCCAUCCAUCGGAGGCAUCUCUCCCACCGCGCCUCCAAACCACCAGGCGUCCAAUUCGGGUCGACAAACCCAUCAUCAGCGGGCUGCGUCCAUUGCCUCGAUGGAGCAACCCAUCCGAGAGGUGCCGAAGCAGCCCAAACAGAACAAACCCGAUUUCUUCCAAGAGAAGAUCCUACGGGGUGACUUUAUGGACUGA